GUAUUUUCAAUGACGAUUCAUAACCUAUACUGAUUUUGCCUAAAUCGUGUUUGCGAUCACACGCGUCUAUUGUCAAUAAUAUUUUCAUCAUUGAUCAUUGUUUUUCCUCGCGAGUUGUCAAUAUUGUUACUGCGAACUCGGGCGGUUCAUCGUUUUAUCGGUACUCAUUCUUAAAUUUCACGAGUGAUCAUUUCGUGUUUUCGUCAACUUGCGCGUAGAACAACUACUCGACUGUACGUUUGAAGCGGACGUCGUCGGACACCGAAAAAAUGUACCAACUACCCAGCCUGGCGAAAAUGGCGUACCACGCGUGCAACAACAUCGAACGUGACAAGUUUGACUUGCUAGACACACCGGACGUCAGUGUGCGAAAUUGUUGCGAGGCGCUGUUCGAAUUAAUCAGAGUCGACAAAAACCAAGACGAGCAGAACGAUAGGCAGACAAUGUUCAGUCGGUCCCGGUUCGACAUCAAUGACGAUAUGUUUCAACACAUAUGCGAGAAGGCAGCGUACAACGGGCACUUGGAUUGCCUGAAACUAGCACACGAGAUUGGCGUCCCUUGGGAUACCGAGCUUGUAGUAUUUCCCGAUUUAAAAGGUUAUGUGUGUGAUCUGGCGGCGGGAUCGGGCAAUCUGGACUGCCUGAAAUACGCACGGGAAAACGGGUGCCGGUGGGGCGGGAGUACGUGCAUGAAAGCAGCGUCUAACGGUCACCUGGCGUGCCUGGCUUACGCCCGGGAAAACGGGUGCUGCUGGAACGAGGAUACGUGCAGAGCCGCAGCGUCCAAUGGUCACCUGGCGUGCCUGACUUACGCGCGGGAAAACGGGUGCCCGUGGGGCUUUGAGACGUGCGAUGAAGCAGCUUAUUACGGUCACCUGGAGUGCCUGGCUUACGCAAUUGAAAACGGUUGCCGCCGCGACGUGGAAGUAUGCAGCGGGGCAGCAUUUGGUGGUCAGUUGGAAUGCCUGAAAUACUUACAUGAAAAUGGCUGCCCGUGGAACGAGUAUACAUGCACCGUCGCCGCAUUAUUCGGUCAUCUGGAGUGUCUGAAAUACGCACGGGAAAACGGGUGCCCGUGGACCGAAAAAACGUGCAGAAGCGCAGCGAAGAACGGUCACCUUGAGUGCCUGAAGUAUGCACGGGAAAACGGGUGCCCGUGGAACGAAAAAACGUGCAGUAGCGCAGCACAGUACGGUAAUCUGGAAUGCCUGAUGUACGCACGUGAAAACGGGUGCCCGUGGAACCGCUACACGUGCAACAACGCAGCAAACGGUGACCAUUUUGACUGCCUGGUGUACGCCCACGAGGGUGGGUGCGAGUGGGACAUUGUAAAUUUCUUGGAUGAGUCAAGGUACAGCCACUCGAAAUGCGCUGAAUACGCUCGCGAAAUAUGGUCCCGGGACACCAAAUACUGUCACACUGACUGUCUUCUGUACGCACGAGAAAACCAAUGCUCCUGGGACGAGUCGACGUGCAAAAAAGCCGCGUUGAUCGGUCACCUGGAGUGCUUGAAAUACGCUCGGGAAAACGGGUGCCCGUGGACCGAGGACACGUGCAGAAGCGCAGCGCAGAACGGUCAUCUGGAGUGCUUGAAGUACGCUCGGGAAAACGGGUGCCCGUGGACCGAGGACACGUGCAGAAGCGCAGCACAGAACGGUCAUCUGGAGUGCCUGAUGUACGCACGGGAAAACGGGUGCCCGUGGACCGAGGACACGUGCAGAAGCGCAGCGCAGAACGGUCACCUGGAGUGCCUAAAGUACGCUCGGGAAAAUGGGUGCCCGUGGACCGAGGACACGUGCAGAAGCGCAGCACAGUACGGAAACCUGGAGUGCCUGAUAUACGCUCGGGAAAACGGGUGCCCGUGGACCGAGGACACGUGCAACUACGCAGCAAACUGUGAACAUUUUGACUGUCUGGUCUACGCCUACGAGGGAGGGUGCCAUUGGGACAUUCUACAUUUCUUGGAUGUGUCAAGGUACAGCCACUCGAAAUGCGCUGAAUACGCCCGCGAAGUAUUGUCCCGGCAGCGCCGUCAUCUCUUCGACAAUUUAUAGAAUAUCUUUUCACCAAUUUUUUUUUACCCAAC